UCUACACCAGAGCCAGACUUUCAUUUUCCUGUACAAAUAUCUUCGUUAUUUCACUCUGCAUUCGGUAGUGCCCUUGUAUUGAGUAUGAAGAGACCUCUUGUUCUUGAGCAGCGCCGCUUUGCGCAUCAAAACUGGCGAGUCUUCAAAUCGCAUGGCUUGUGUUUCCGUGACAGCGCAACAGGCUGGACUAAGCGGCAUUCUCUCCUUUGUGAUCGGGUGCAAAUUAUGGUUUACUAUCCGAGUUGCUUCAUCUGUCGCUGGGCCCACUCAGUAAGGACGACAACCAGGCAGCAGCAGGACCAGAAUGAGUGUGGCGGAGUUGUUCUUGGACGACCACCUGAUGAACAAGGCUUGCCGAUGAAAGACGGCGUUCCAUCACUCGACGUGCGGAAACAAAGCAGGCGGGGUCGCAAGCUGAAGAGAGAAGAGUUUUUCUCUCGCGCUGCGGCUCUGCAGGAAUUUUGUGCCGAAGUGUCUGCAGCCGAUGCGGUUGGGACGAUACGCUUUGCCGGACUACCUUUUCUUUUCGGAAGCAUUCUUCUGUUCCGCUUUGACGAGAGAAUAAUUUGCGGUGCAGAUGAAGAACAACACAGUGAAGCUAGCGCUGCGGCACUGAAGAAGCGCCAGCAUGAUUUAUUACGGGCUAAGGAGGAAGAGGAAUGGGUUGGGCGCGCAGGUCACGACUUAACUAAUUUUUCCGCUGACAGCCUUCCUGCUCGACGAAGCGACUGCGAGCAGGAGCUUGGAAAAGAUGUCAACUACUGCGAAAAAGUAGAAAAACAAGAAGUCCGGUGGCUCGCGGUGCAGCUGCGCAGCACGAAGCAAACCGAAACGCGAAGCCGUACUGGCCGCAAGUACUACAGGUAUGCGAAUUGCAAAAACGAGCUUCGUCUUCCAUUUUUCUGCAUCGCCCCCAGAGGGGGUGAGGACCACGAAAGAAAGAUCUUCGCCGUUCGGGAAUCGUUGGCGGGCCGUAUUCCACAAGAGAUCGUACGCUACGAGGACUCGCAGACGCGGAUGUCCGGCCGGGCGGUGAUAGAGGAGUUGCGACUGCACUGGGAACAGGCGGUAGCCGAUGCGUCUUCUAAGCGUAAGCUGCGGACGCGGCGAGAGUGGCUAAACCUUUUGGAAGGUGCGGAGAAGCCGCGCUCCACAUGCUCGUACCACUACACACUGGAACUUGAGGAGAAACUGUAUAGCGCCUGUGGUUUCGAGCUGGAGUUUCCCCUGGGCAAGGAGGAGCAUGCCGUCCACAACAGUUAUGUUGGAGGGCUCAGAACGCUACACCGCACCAUCUCGCACCGCACCUGCCGCAGUCGGAAAUACGAAUCCAAUGUGAUCGAUCUGACGUUGUCAGACCCGGACCACAAAACAAGCAUACGGCCCGUGACUGUGCACGAGCUUCGGCGCAUCGAUCUUCUGUGCGCGAUCGAAUACUGCGAUCGCCAAGUUGGUAAGCCCCUACUCGGCGUGUAUCUGUUCCCACAACGCAUCGUCGAGUCUUUUUUUCACUACCCUACUGAAGAUUCUGAAGCUACGGCGACUAGAAAUGGUGCGCCCACUCCUGGGAAGCGGAAAGUUGGACGGAUUUUUACUGUCCACCCGCAAAAUAACACUGUCCCACGCAUCAAAAGUUCCCAGGUCCGAAAACAGCAGCAGCUUCUUUACUACAUUGACCUCCGACCAGAGGCGAGCCGUGAUGUCAAUUUGGCGAAGGCCAAGCGGAUUCUUUCCGAGGUCGUAGCGUCGAAUAGACUGGCUGCUCGGGGGAAGAAAGUUGCGUCGGACGUGGACGAAGCUCGGCCACUCAUGGGUACGACUAAAGUGUAAGCUAUGCCACAGUCAAGCUCAACAACAAGCUGGCUCCACGCAGAAAAACCA